AUGCAUAAACAUAGUGUAAAACAAAUCGACAACAAUGAGAAUGAAAAAGUUAAAAGCGUAUACGACUACAUUCGGAAUUCGAGUUCCGAAAGUGAAGAAAAUGAAGAAAGCGUUUAUAUUGGUGCUGUUCCAACAGUUGGUUUUGAUAAUCUCGCACCUUCACAGCACGAAAUUGACUAUGAUAUAGGCGAGAGUUCAGAAGGAAGCAAGUAUUUUAUCCCAAUUGUUGAUGACGCGCUUAAGCCAAAGACCAACGCACAAUAUGCAUCUAUAAAUGAGGCUGAAAAGAUGUUCAGAGCUUACGCGGACAAUGCCAGGUUUAAUGUUCGUAUACAUGCAAAAAAAAAAAACAAGCACGGAGACAUUCAAACUAGAUGGUUUGUGUGUAGUAGGGAGGGAAACCCAAAUAAGAAGCACUUUGAAUCUAUGGAGAUUCAGCCCGGUGAGAGGAGAUACCGCAAUACGAACCUUAAACAUUGUGGAUGUAAUGCAUGUAUAAAAAUCCAUUUGACGAAGGAUGAGGCUUGUUACGAGAUAUACGAGUUUGUUGAGGCACAUAACCAUACAUUGUUAAAUAUUAACGAUCGUCGUUUCUCUAGGAAGAAUACACAGAUGAAGUAUACAGAUUUCAAAACUGUACUAAACAACUCGAGUUACAAAGUCGGUGCGAGAAGGGUACACCGUAUUCAAACGACAUUGAACGAGGGAUUUGAGCAUACUCGAGUUUCAGAAAUUGACUUCAAGAAUUUUAAGAGGGAUGCUGCUGCUUGUGUUGGGAAUAAGGACGCGAAGAUGUUGAUCAAUAAACUAUCAAACAAACGGGAUAUUGUCCCAGGUAAUUUCUUCGAAUACAAGUGCAAUGAACAGGAGUUGAUCGCAAUUUUCUGGGCAGAUGAAGUUGCUAGAAUUAACUACAAAGAAUUCGAUGAUGUCAUAUCAUUCGACGGAACGUUUUAUACGAACAAGCAUGCCAUGAUUUUUGUUCCUUUUUUGGCUGUUGACAAUUACAAGGCUUCCGUUGUUGUCGGAUCCGCUCUAAUAAGUGGCGAAAUGAUUGAGAACUUUACAUGGGUUCUAAAUGUUUUCCUAAAAUGUCAUGAGAAGCAACCAAUUUUCGUUAUUACAGACCAAUAUUCGGCAAUGAAACAAGCUAUUCCGAUGGUGUUUACGAAAGCCAAGCACAGACUCUGUAUGUGGCACAUUAUGAAGAAGGUGCCUUCAAAGGUUAGUGUCGCACUAAAUCAAGAUCCUAUGUUUAAUAAAGUUAUCAACAAGCUCGUGUGCCGUAAUAAUUCAACAAACACCGUCGAAUGCGAGUGCAACCUAUUCACGCGUAACGGGUAUCUUUGUCGUCACGCGUUCAAGAUACAAUCCGCAAGAGUUCGUUAUGGCGAGGUUGAUGCCGAGAAAGAUAAGUGUGUAAUUGAUGUCUAUUCGAAGGUCGACGACAUAAUAAACAAUGCCCGAAAUGAUAAGUCUAUAUUGGCUAGAUUGGAGCGGAAUCUCGACAAAUUCAUGGUUGAUAUAGAGAAGGAAGUUCCAUAUGAAGGCCCAUCCCAACAGAAGUUGGAUGCAAUUAGAGAUCAUCUAGGUGUUUCCAUACCUGAUGAGGUGGACAUUCUACCACCAUUUGGAAAAAGGAACAAGGGUUGUGUAGUAAGAGGCUGGUAA